AGCCUGGGCCUCUUUCCCCUCCUCCCUCCCACCUCCAGCCUCCAGGUCGGCCCGGCUUGGGCCUGAGUGGCAGAGGCGCCUGCAGCUGCCAAUCCCAAAAAUAUUCUCUGAUGACACAGCUGGAAGACAAGAGCCCAGACUGGCUCCUCCAGGCUAAGUAUAGAGCAGGAGGGACCACCUGCCCUCGGCCCACAGCCCCAGAGCCCCAGCCUGUGGGCAGCUGCCAGGGGCCAGAACUGGUCCGGGAGCUUGUCCUGGCCAAGGUGAAGGCUCUCUUCCUAGAUGCCUUGGGGCCCCCAGCAAUGGAUGGGGAAGGCCCAGGUCCUGGAGUAAGGCGGCUGCCUCGAAGACAUGCCCUUGGGGCCUUCAAGCACAGGACCUCUGAAGCGGAAAAGGAUGCCUCCCAGGUCAUCAUUUUCCCAGCCACAGGUGCCACCUGUGAGGACCAGCCAGCUGCUCGUGGGCUUGCCCAGGAGGCUGAAGAAGGUCUUUUCACUUACGUAUUCCGGCCAUCCCAACAUAUACGCAACCACCAGGUGACUUCUGCCGAACUGUGGUUCCACACCGGGCUGGACAGGAAGAGCACAGUAGCCACUAACAGCUCUGGGGCCCUCUUAGACCUGCUGGUGUUGUCACAUGGGGGGCCCAUGGCUGUGCCUGUGUCCCUGAGACAGGGCCCUUCACGCUGGGCUGUACUGCACCUGGAGGCCUCUGCUUUCCCUCUGCUGACCCACCCCAUCCUAGUGUUGAUGCUGCGGUGCCCUCUGUGCUCCUGCUCAGGCCGCCCUGAGACCACGCCUUUCCUGGUGGCCUACACCCAGGCUAGACCACCCAGUACGGGGGAGAGGUCCCGUCGUUCAACUGCCUCGAUGCCUUGGCCUUGGUCUCCUGCAGCUUUGCGCCUGCUGCAGAGGCCUUCGGAGGAGCCCUCUGCCCAUGCCUACUGCCAUCGAGCUGCCUUCAACAUCUCCUUCCAGGAGCUGGGCUGGGACCGCUGGAUUGUACACCCUUCCAGUUUCAUCUUCCACUACUGCCAUGGGAGCUGUGGGAUGCACACACCUGACCUGCCCCUCCCGGUCCCUGGGGUUUCCCCAACCCCUGUUCAGCCUCUGUUUUUGGUGCCAGGGGCCAAACCCUGCUGUGCUGCUCUACCAGGGAGUAUGAGGUCCCUACGUGUCCGAACCACCUCAGAUGGAGGUUACACUUUCAAGUAUGAGAUGGUACCCAACCUUAUGACGCAACAGUGUGCUUGUAUCUAAAAGCAUCUUGCCUCCUCAUCCCACCAUCAUCUCACCAUCCCACUGUCAUCAGCUAGGAGAAAGGCGGGGUGUGGAAAGUAGACAGUUCCCACUUCCUCUUCCCUACACAUCCUGUCUGAGGGCUCCAUACCCUAUUCCACCCAGGUCCCUUGGAGAACAAUAAAGAAGGAAGUGUGUGUGUUACUUGGCAUGCAUUCUCGGCCUUCUUU